AUGGCGGGGGCAAUUGUGGGCGGCGCUUUUCUCUCUUCCUUUCUCAACGUCUUGUUUGAUAGGCUGGCCUCCCGUCCCGUCGUCGACUUCUUCCGUGGACAGAAGAUCAACAGCGGACUGCUCAAUAAGUUGAAGAUUAAGCUGCUUUCAGUUAAUUCGGUGCUCGAUGAUGCGGAGGAGAAGCAAUUCAAAAACCCAGCUGUGAGGGAGUGGCUCGACGAACUCAAAGAUGCUCUGUAUGCUGCAGACGACCUGCUUGAUGAGAUCAAGGCUGAAGCUCUGCGGCGAAAGCUCGAAGGCGAUGAAUCCAGCAGCAGCAAAAGUCAGGUACGGAUCUCCAGUUCCGAUGAAUUUGACAAAACAAUGGAACCCAAGAUUGUAAAAAUGCUUGAGAGGUUAGAAUUUAUUGUAAAUGAGAAAGAUGUGCUUGGUUUGAAAGAGGGUGUUCCAAAUCAGCGAUCACAAUCCAGAUUAUCUACCACUUCUUUGGUGGAAGAGGACGGUGUGUACGGUAGGGAUGAGGACAAGGAGGCCAUUGUGAAGCUAUUGCUAUCCGAUGAUGCGAAUGGCAGUAAGUUGAGUGUGAUUCCGGUUGUGGGAAUGGGUGGCAUCGGAAAGACCACCCUUGCGCAGCUCAAAUGUUUCUUUGUUCAUGAUGAUGUAUGGAACGAGAAUUAUAUUCACUGGGAUGCGUUGCGGUGUUCUUUUGAGUCUGUCGCACACGGAAGUAAGAUCAUUGUGACUACACGUAACCAACGUGUUGCAUCAAUGAUGGGUACUGUCACAACUUAUCAUCUAAACCACAUAUCUGAAAAAGAUUGUGGGUUGUUAUUUUCCAAGCAUGCCUUCGGCAGGAUAAACUCAGCUGUGCAUCCAACUCUAGAAGAAAUCAGUAGCGGAAUAAUUAAGAAGUGUAAAGGUCUUCCUUUAGCUGCAAAGUCUCUUGGGGGUUUGUUGUGCUGUAAACAAAGUUACAAGGAGUGGGAUGAAAUAUUGAAGAGUGAAAUAUGGGACUUGCAAGAUGAUACCAUUCUUCCAGCUUUGAGAUUAAGUUAUCAUCAUCUUCCUUCUCAUCUAAAACGAUGUUUUUCCUAUUGUUCGAUUUUCCCCAAAGGUUACAAAUUUGGAAAAUCAGAAUUAGUUUUGUUGUGGAUGGCUGAAGGUUUUUUGUCACCCCAAAGAAAGAAAAUGAUGGAAGACGUUGGAGGGGAGUACUUUGAUGAUUUAAUAUCGAGGUCAUUUUUUCAGCAUUCAGAUGAUGAGUCUGAUGACCAAUCACUUUUUACCAUGCACGACCUUAUCAAUGAUUUAGCAAAGUUUGUAUCAAGAGAAUUUUGUUUUAGGUUGGAUGAUAGUGACUCAUUCAAUAAUGUUUCAAGCAAGACUCGUCAUCUCUCAUACACUCUGAAUAACCCCUUCAAAAGACUUGGUGUAGGUGUUCAUGCGACUGCAAAGGAGGAGAUUUCUGGUUUUGAUAAAUUUGAAGCUUUAUGCAAAGCCAAGUAUUUGCGCACCUUCCUAGCAAUACAACCUAAACCAUUAUCGAGAAUUUUCUGUUUCAACAAGGUACCUCAUGAUCUCUUACAAACUGUGUAUUGUUUGAGAGUGCUCUCUUUAUCUCAUUGUGACAACAAGGAGUUGCCUGAUUGGAUUGGCAAUUUAAAACACCUAAGGUAUAUAGACUUGUCAUACGGUGGAUUUGAAAAGUUACCUGAAACAAUAUGUACUUUGCAUAAUCUACAAACGUUGCUCUUGUUCAAUUGUUAUGAACUUGCUCAGUUGCCAAUCAACUUGGGGAGACUCAUCAACUUGCGCCAUCUUGAUGUUAGAAGCACUAAUCUAAAAGAGAUGCCACCACAUAUGGAUAAGUUGAAGGAUCUCCACACAUUGAGUGACUUUGUUGUUGGCAAACAAACUGCACCUAGAAUUGUAGUGUUGAAAGAGCUUCAGAUAGUAGGUACACUUGCUAUUUCAGGGCUUCAUAAUAUUGUGAAUUAUGAGGAUGCUUUUGUAGCCAAUAUGAGAAAUAAGCACCUUGACGGACUAGCUUUGACAUGGGGAGCUGAGACCGAUGAUUCACAAAAAGAUAGAGAGGUGCUUAAUAAUCUCCAUCCUCAUACACACCUGAAAGCCCUCAGUCUUAAGUUUUAUGGGGGUACAAGAUUUCCUGAUUGGUUAGGAGAUCAUUCUUUUUCUAAUUUGGUUUCUCUUCAACUCGAAGAUUGUAAACAUUGUUGCUCCUUGCCACCACUGGGUCAGCUACCCUCCCUCGUCACGCUUUAUGUUUGUGGGUUAAAUGAAGUGGAGACCAUAGGGCCUGAGUUUUAUGGUAAUGGUGUUUCUGUUGUUAUGCCAUUUAGAUCUCUAUCAGUUUUAUUCUUCAAAGAUAUGUUGGGAUGGCAAGAGUGGUCUCAUUUCGGAAGUAGCCAAGAAGGUGGAGCUUUUCCUCAUCUUUGUCAGCUCUAUCUGACAAAUUGUCCCAAGCUAAUAGAGAAAUUACCUGAGUUUCUUCCAUCCUUGAUUACACUUGAGUUAAGGAGAUGCGAGCAACUUCUGGGUGCACUUCCAAGAACUCGGGCCAUUGUGGAGAUUCCUUCUGUGAAAGACAACCUUUGUCUUGAAGAGAAAACUAGCGGUACUAACUCAUCUCUUACUCCAUUUCCUUGUGACGGUCUGGCUGAUGCUUUAAGAGUUCUUAAAAUAAAAAAUUGUUGGAACUUAUCUCCACUAAAUCACUGCUAUGCAUUCCUUCAAACAUUGAAGAUAAAGAGUAGCUGUGAUUCAACCAAGUCUAUCCCGCUGGACUACUUCCCAAAGGUUAAAGAUCUCAAAUUAUAUGACUGUAGGAAUCUGGAAUCCCUUGCUUAUUCCCAGGAUUUUGAAAGCCCUAUAAUCCCGUCCCUCAGUUUCUUGAGAAUAUUUAAUUGCCCAAAUUUUGUUUCUUUUCCUGAUGGAGGACUGUACGCCCCCAACUUGAUAGUGCUUAAUAUAUCUGAAUGCGAUAAAUUGAGGUCAUUGCCAGAACAUAUGUGCACCAGGCUCUCAUCUCUUCAAGCUGUAAAUCUAGCCUAUUGUUCUGAACUAGAGUCAUUUCCUGAAGGAGGACUGCCUUCAAAUUUGGAUAUGUUGCGUAUCUUUGGAUCCAAAAAACUCAUUGCCAACCGCAUGCACUGGGGUCUGGAUAGGCUCAUCUGUCUCAGAUGCUUGGCUUUCAGCUUUGACAAAUGUGAAGACGUUGUAUCAUUUCCGGAGGAGGGGCUUCUGCCUACCAUUUUGACUACUCUCUGCAUCUUCAAUAGUCCAAAUCUUAAGAUCCUGGACUCUAAGGGUUUUCGAAACCUCACUGCUCUUCAACAUUUGUUCAUUGAUGGGUGCAAUGAACUCGAGUGCUUGCCAGAAGGCCUUCCCACUUCUCUUUCUGAUUUGGGUAUCGACAAAUGUCCUUUGCUCACACAAAGGUGCCAGAAAGAGAGAGGGGACGAUUGGCCAAAGAUUUCUCACAUCGCUCAUGUACUUCUGCACAAUAUGAUAUUUGUAGUUUAUGAAUGGUUUAAUAUUAGUAGGGAAUCUGAAAAUUGUUUUUCUGCUUACUUAUUCACUUUCAGCUAUUUAUGCAAUCUAUAAAUACCUGAUGUUUAGUU